AUUUCUUACAAAUCAAUCAAUAAAUGCAAACAGCAAUGAGGAAAAAAAUCAAUGAAGCCAGAAUUUUUGGUCCAGGAUCUAAAGUCGCGUCUUUAAAUGCAACUCUGCUAUGCACCAUUAAAAGCAGUAUAAUCUCCAAAUCCCAUGCGGGACUAGUUCCCCUCUAUUAUUUUGCUAUUGCAUCAUACAGUCAGUUGUCGAAGGCCUUAAGUUCUGGAAUCAUCUGAAUCAGUCUAGAAGAUUCAAGGAAUUCCGUUCGCCCACAAGAUUCCAGGAUUCCAGGGAACCACUUGUCGCCUCUUGGGAAGCGUGGUUCAGCUUUCCACCAGGAGAGGCAAAAGUUGGGACUUGCUGGCCCACCUUCAUCUCCCAAGGUGAGAAGGGCUUCAAACCAGGUGAGGUCACGUGAGAUGAUGACGGAGCAUCAUAAUUUUGCUUUGUGACAACAGAGAGAAAAUUCUUUGAAACUUUACCUUUGUCACUCAGGGGUUGAGUUUGCAGAUGGAGGAUUGGAGGGAAGGACUGAGGAUGUCUAGGACUCAGGAAAGAGCCCAAAAGGUCAUUAAAACAGGAGCCGUGGUGAUAGAUACUGGGACCGGGACCUGUAAAGCCGGGUUUGCAGGGGUAGAGACCCCUCAGGCGCUCCUUAAGACGAUGGUUGGGUACCCCACAACGAAGUCCAUGGGCAAGAGAGCAGAUACCUUUGUCGGGGAGCACACCCGGUUGGAGGGCGAAUUACACAUCAUUUCGCCUCUAAGAAAUGGUGUCAUCAUGGACUGGGAAGCUGUGGAAGAUUUGUGGAGGCAUCUCUUCUACCACAACCUCAAGGCCGCCCCGGAAGAACAUGCCCUGCUCCUGUCCGACCCUCCCCUCUGCCCGAUGACCAACCGGGAGAAGCUGGUGGAGGUGGUCUUUGAGUCCCUCAACUCUCCGAGGAUGUUCGUGGCUUCUGAGUCCGUCCUGUCCCUCUACGCCCAUGGCAAAAUCAGUGGGCUGGUGGUCGACACGGGCUACGCUACGACAUACACUGUCCCAAUCCACCAAGGAUACAAUUUGCCCCAUGCCGUUGAGUGGAUGAACAUUGCCGGGGCCAACAUCACGUCCUUCUUGAUGGACCUCCUGUGCAAAAGGGGCCACUGCUUUCAUGAGCGAAUGCUUGCUGUCGUGAACAAUCUCAAGAAGAAGUGCUGCUACGUGGCCCUUGAUUUCGAGGUGGAGUGGAACCGUCCCGAGGAAGAAUAUAUGGUGGACUACUGGUUGCCGGACGGCCAGACCAUUCAGUUGGGAAAAGAGAGAUUCCAGUGCCCGGAAAUGUUAUUCCAUCCUCCGCAGAUGCCAGGGCUUUCUGUCCCCGGAGUCCCCGGCCUGGCCCUAAAAAGCUUGCAGGAGGUGCCAGAAAUCUGUCAGAAAGAGAUGUAUGAAAACAUCCUUCUCUGCGGAGGCUCAUCUCGGUUCAAAGGGUUCAAGGAGAGGUUCACCCACGACCUCUUGGCUGGUGUGCCCAUCAACACAAAAGUGAACGUCACCACCAUGCCGCUCCGGAAAUACUCCGUCUGGACUGGGGGAUCCAUCCUCGCGUCUCUGAAUAACUUUCAACGCUACUGGGUCCUGAAAGAGGAAUAUCAGGAAUACGGGCCAUGUAUUGUCCACCAAAAGUGCUACUGAGC